AUGGUAACAGAUGACGAUCAUGAGAUCAACCAAGCCCAAGAGCAUCUCCAACAAUGUUGCCAGGAAUUGAAGAACAUGGACACUCAAUGCCGAUGCCCAGCGCUUAAGAAAAUGGUGAUGCAGGAUUGCGGUAGACAAGGCGAAGAGGCGCAACGCAUAUUUCACUUGUUGCUGCUCUUCUGUUAUGUUUGUUUGGCAUUUGCAAAUGCCAACAAGUUCUCCGUCACGGUUGCCGUGACGGAGGAGGAUGAUAUCGAAAAUCCACAAAGUUGCCAAGAGCAGAUCCAGACGCACAGGCUCAACCACUGCAGGAUGCUCCUUUCAAGAAAGGAGCUAAGCAUGGUGACGAAAGACGACCAUGAAAUGCGCAACCAACAGGAACAUCUCCAACAAUGCUGCCAAGAAUUGAGGAACAUUGACACUAAAUGCCGCUGUCCGGCACUUAAAAUGAUGGUGACGCGGGAGCCUGAGCUCAUGUCACAAAGAGCUCGGUCCCUCCCCCGCGCCUGCAACAUCGAGCCUACUGAAUGCUACUUCUGA